GGGUCCGCUGCGUGAUGUCACUCCCGGGGCUGAGAGCGAGGCGCGGUUAUUUAUCCUACCCGGGCAGUUAACGGGGCUCAGUCGUAAGGGACGCCGAGCUAGUGGGUCUUUGUCAAAGGAAAUGUAACCUGCUAGUAUCGCUACAAAACAGAACAAGAUCUUAACAACAAUCGGGAUGUGCAACAGACGGCCAUUAUUCAACCACUAUUGAAGGGAAAGGACGUUAUUAUCCGUGAGUCAUGGAGAGAAAGUGGACCUAGUCGAGUUGCGCACAAUCAAAAACUGGGAAAAAGGAGGAAUAAAUCAGUAUCAUGGUGAUAAUAAUUAUAACAUUAUCACCAUGUAAUCAGUGAAGUGUUGACAUUACCCUUUUUAGUUUAACGACUUUGACAGCACUCAAACGAACUAUAAAGCAUCUAUCCUAUCAAACACCACGAAAGAAAAAUGAAGGAAUAUGUUAUUUUUUUAUUCUACAAUUGAAUGAACUAUUUUGAUGUUUGUGGCUGAAGUCUUCUCGGACCUGUCUGUUGACGAUGACAGCUCAGUGCGGGUCUCGUUUCGCCACUUUUGGACAGAUGGAAGCUGAGGAACGCAGAUUGUUGGAUUACUUUUUACGUCUUUAAACUGAAGUCGCCGCUAAUGCGUUAUAUGGUUACUCUACGAAUAUGAAUAGCAACUUUUUAAAAGGCAUUUUAUCCGCUCAAGUAUCAUCCCGUGCGUCUCUGGGCCAUGGCUGACAUCAUUACGCGGGUGGGAUUCGGGGUGUUCCGAUUUCAUGGUAUAAUUAUUAAUGUUUUACUUCAGUGAAUUUCAUUUACAUCGAGCACGGUCUAUGGAUUGCCUGAAUGACUAUUACAGUUCGAAGGACUAUGUUUGAAUGACACAUUUUUUCAGCAUUUGUUGAAGCAAUUAAUAAUUUCCCCCAGAAGAAUAACUAUCCAAGCAUCAGCGGUGUGUGUGUGAGUUAAAAUAUAUUUAGUAAUUUAAUUGAAUGAUUGGAUAAGAUUAUUCUUUAUUUUUCUUUCAUUAAAUAUCCAAUAACCAUUUCGUGGAUCUUAACCCAUCUGAGUGUUGAAAAGAGACAUGAAAAGAGAGUGCGUGACUGGAGGAGUAAAAUUAUCUGUUUUACACUGGACAACUUGUCUGUGUAUUUGACAAAGCAGCACAAGCUUUUUCUCUUUCUCUGAUUUUAAUUCAAUCAUCUCGUGCGUAAAGUUCUAAGGGGGAUGCCUCUUGAGCCCAUCAGCCAUGUCUCUGUUUCUGCGUUAGAGCCCUCCUCUUUACUGCCCUCUCACUGGACAACGAGUCUUCCUCAAGGGAUUAAGGUAGCAGAUAACAGAAACCUAUAUAUACAUUUUUUUCACCUUCACUCACUCCAAACAUACUUCAUGUUCCCCGUGAGUUUCUGAAUUUUCUCCAAUAUAUGUGCUCCUGCUGGCGUCGCCAUGGCUGCGGCCCCAAAAGUUACAUGCCUGUCAGCGCCAGGGGUAAAUGUGAUUACCAACCUGAACCUCAGUGUCACCACCGGAUCUGCCCCCUACUACAACCAGACAGCACUGCGAAUCCCACCCUAUUCCCCAGAGGCCACUGCGUUAUUCGCAAUGGCGAUCACCCUCAUGAUGAUCCUCACCAUCGUCGGCAACAUCUUGGUCAUCAUUGCAGUGCUGACCUCACGCUCACUCCAUGGCCCACAGAACCUUUUCCUUGUCUCCCUGGCUGCAGCCGACAUCCUAGUCGCUACCCUCAUCAUCCCCUUCUCACUGGCCAAUGAGCUGCAGGGUUACUGGGCGUUCCGCUCACUGUGGUGUGAGAUCUACCUGGCGUUGGACGUCUUCUUCUGCACGUCCUCCAUUGCCCACCUGUGUGCCAUCUCAUUGGACCGCUACCUGUCCAUCUCCCGGCCCGUGUCCUAUGGCAUCCAACGGACGCCAGCGCGCAUCAAGGCGGCCAUCGUGGUCGUCUGGCUUCUCUCGGCCGUCAUCUCCUUCCCUCCUCUCCUCUCCCUGGAUAAGAGCAAGGGAGGGGUGGAGGUGUGUGAGCUGAACAACGAGCGUUGGUAUAUUCUCUACUCCACCAUUGGAUCGUUCUUCGCCCCGUGUCUCAUCAUGAUCGGGGUCUACAUCAGGAUCUACCAGAUUGCCAAGCAACACACAAGAUGUCUGCCAGGGGAGAAACCCAACCCUAACAAAUCCCCUGGCAACAUGUCUAGCAACCCUCCUACCAACCCCACACCUCCCUCACCGGGACCUGUCAUCAUCCCCCAACUCAAGCCUCUCAGCCAACCACAGAACCACAAAGGGGAAGGAGGGAAAGCAGACAGACAAUCUACGGACGCCGUACCUCUGAAGAGUCUCCCUGUCUCCUCCCCCUCAUCUCCUCCUCCCCAGAGUGAGACCCAGGCCAAGAGUCAACCCCAGACGUCUUUACCAAAUCCUGUCCCCACCUCACCCCAGCCUACCUCACCCACCGUAGCUCUCUCCCUUACACUCCUCUCUCCAGAUAGCCAACAUGAGGAGACCCACAGACAGGGUGAGAUACAGGAGGAGAAACAUAGAGACACCCCCAAUGAUGACAGCUUCAGCUCUGGCUCCGAGGCAGAGACGAGGGGAAGAGGAAAGGGAGGGAGAGGGGGAGGGAAAGGGACAGUUAAGAAUAAUGGAGGAUCAAAGUCUGGAGGAGCACCUCUCUCUUCUCUGACCUCUCACGAGGCCAAAAAUACUGUAGCCACCCCCACCGGUACAGUGCUGGUCUCUGAUAGGCCGGUGAAGCCACAGGCCACUCCCAUGUCUCGGCGCAGGGCCAUGGUAAAUCGAGAGAAGCGCUUCACGUUUGUCCUGGCCGUGGUGAUCGGAGUGUUUGUCAUCUGUUGGUUCCCUUUCUUCUUCUCCUACUCACUGAAGGCCAUCUUUCCUGAGACCUGCUUGGUCCCUGCUCCCCUCUUCACUUUCUUCUUCUGGAUCGGCUACUGCAACUCCUGUCUGAAUCCCGUCAUAUACACCAUCUUCAACCAGGACUUCAGGAAGGCCUUCAAGAAGAUCCUCUGUAGGGACACCAAGGGGACGUUCUUCUAGUGUGGACACUAUGUAAGGACAUCAAGUGGAUGUUUAUGUAGAGUGGAUACUGUGUAAGGACAUCAAGUGGAUGUUCUUGUAGAGUGGAUACAGAUGGUACAUGAUUCUCUACAUUGCUUGUUUUGCCACUGAAACUGAAAUUAGGCAAACUAUCGAAUCUUAGCAACCAGGAAAUGGUCGAGCAAUUUCUGCAUAUUGCACCUUUAAGACAUUGUCAGCUAUACUCUGGUCAUUAUUUGAACUGGCUAGCCAGCUAGCAAUGAAUCAAAACAUUGUUUAGAAAAUUGCUUUUAAUUACCUUGCUUGCUAGCUUGACAUUUACUGAAUUCAUUUUUAAACUGAGGGGUUUAUUGGUGAUAAAAUAGAGAAGGUAUGCUAUAUGGUGCAUCGGGCUGCUGAUUUUCUUUUUCAUAACAACAACCGACAAGUUUGAUGUUGGGCGACAAUAGAAUGCUCAUGCUGUCGCUACAACAAUUUUCUACAGACAUGUCAAUAGACUGACCGUAAACCACCUUCAGCCUACAUUUGAAAAUUACAUCAUGGCAUUUAAUUGAAGUAUACUCGAUUUUCGAAAUGUUGCAAUCUAUUAAACGUUCUUUUAUUUCUAGAGUAGAUACUGUGUAGAGACACCAAGGGGACGUUCUUCUAGAGUAGAUACUGUGUAGAGACACCAAAGGGACGUUCUUCUAGAGUAGAUACUGUGUAGAGACACCAAAGGGACGUUCUUCUAGAGUAGAUACUGUGUAGAGACACCAAAGGGACGUUCUUCUAGAGUAGAUACUGUGUAGAGACACCAAAGGGACGUUCUUCUAGAGUAGAUACUGUGUAGAGACACCAAAGGGACGUUCUUCUAGAGUAGAUACUGUGUAGAGACACCAAGGGGACGAUCUUCUAGAGUAGAUACUGUGUAGAGACACCAAGGGGACGAUCUUCUAGAGUAGAUACUGUGUAGAGACACCAAGGGGACUUACUGGAUGUAAUGUAAAGACAGAUUUUAGUUUAACCGUGCAGGGAACCACAGACAAACUUUUGAGUCUGUCCUUUGUUGAACAUUGUGUUCGAUCUGAUAAGAAAAAUGCUGAACUUUGGAAUUCUGGAAUAGAUGAACGUGCUCUGAUGUACACAUUGAGGGGCAGUGGAAGAGGAGGAAGGUGAUGCAAUCUGUCUGAGAAAAAGCAAACACCUUUACAGCUUGUUUAGCGAUUGGCACAAAACAGGGCCAUCAGUCAUGAGGACAUGUUGCUCAAAUGACAGUAUCACACUGCUCUUGUUGUUCUUCUGUAAUUGGCUCUGGUUAAGAGCGUCUGCUAAAUGACUAAAAUGUAAAUGUAGAAGGAAAGGAAGGUUAUACUCUGUUGAUUCCAUUGGCUGGCAGGGUAACUGCUACCCAUAGCCAUUACCUGUAGCCUUGUGACUGGCCACUAUGAACUACAAGGACAGAGUGUGUCCAUGAUCACCUGGUACGGUCCACUGCAAUGACACAAAAUGGGCAGGAGCAUGUGCAGUAGAAUGUGUUCCCAGAGUUCUCUGUGUUCUAGAACUUGUAGUGUGUGAAGGCAGUUUGUCCAGCUGUCCAGCCUCUGUCAUAAACUCAUACACUACGGAGGAUGUCUUUUAAAGGAACCAACCAGCUCUGAGGGUGUGUUGUUUUGAGUAUCUGAAAUUAACAUAUGUUAUUAUAUAAGUAUGAAAUUAAUAUAAACACAUGAAAAGUUAAAUAUGGAAUGGGUUGUUGAUGUGACCAAGGCCUCAGUAAUGUAAUUCAUUGGGGAAUAUAGGGGAAACACUGGUGUGUGUGUUGUGUAGUGGCCUAAGGGUUUUACUGGAACAGCGUAAAUCACUCAUGUUUUUUUUAUAUAUAUGAGGUAAAGAACUCACAAGACCUCUCUCUCUCUCUGUCUCUCUGUCUCUCUGUCUCUGUGUGUGUGUGUGUGUGUGUGUGCAUGCAAGGUUUACAGAGUGCAUGCCUAUGAAUACACAUUCUCCAAUUCUGUGUGAACCAAUGGAUCCAUAAUCAUUUAUUUAUUUAGACUGGUGUAAUGUAAAAACAUUGAAUACAUUCUAAAUCUAAAGUGUACACUGAGUGUACAAAACAUUAG